CUCAUCCCGCAAUUAGGAGCCGCCCUUUGGUCUGGCCGUCACACCACUCGAACUCUCGAAGCAAGCAGUGCCAUCCCGAAGGCGCCGCCGCCGCCGCCGCCCCAUCCCGCCGGGCCCGUUUGCCGCCGGCCGCCGCGGCACCGGUACUGUGCCGGAGGAUGGCGUCGAGGUGCCCGGCGAGGGUACCUUCUCCGCGGUGCCCGCCGCGGCACGGCUGGGCGGGCUCGUGGGUUUCGGCCCGCCUCUCGAAAUGCGGCGCGUCGGGAGGGCGUUCGGUCAUUUGCGCCGCUGUUAGCUUCAGGCCAUGCAUUGACAUACACAAGGGGAAAGUUAAACAGAUUGUUGGUUCUACUCUUCGGGAUUCAUCAAAUGAUGGCACAGAACUUGUGACAAACUUUGAAUCAGACAAAUCUGCUGCAGAAUUCGCAAAACUCUAUAAAGAAGAUGAACUUGUUGGUGGACAUGUUAUAAUGCUAGGCGCAGAUCCUGCAAGCCAAGCUUCAUCACUGGAGGCGUUACAUUCAUAUCCUGGUGGUUUGCAAGUUGGAGGUGGAAUAAAUUUGGAGAAUGCAAUAUCGUACCUUAAUGAAGGGGCAAGUCACGUGAUAGUAACCUCUUAUGUGUUUAGCGAUGGCAAGAUGAACAUUGAAAGGCUAAGGAAACUUGUUGAGCUGGUUGGGAAACAGAGGCUUGUGUUGGACCUUAGUUGUCGAAAAAAGGAUGGCAAAUAUACCAUUGUAACUGAAAGGUGGCAGAAGUUCAGUGAUGUCUUUGUGGAUGAACCGACAUUAGAAUAUCUUGCUGCUUAUGCAGAUGAGUUUUUGGUUCAUGGUGUUGACGUGGAGGGCAAAAGGUUGGGAAUUGAUGAGGACCUUGUGGAACUAUUAGGGCGCCAUUCACCAAUCCCAGUAACUUACGCUGGAGGUGUGUCAACAAUGCAUGACCUAGAGAGAAUAAAGAAAGCAGGCAGAAGUCGAGUGGAUGUUACUGUUGGGAGUGCUCUAGAUAUAUUUGGAGGAGAUUUGCCCUACAAAGAUGUUGUCCUUUGGCACAAGAAGCAAAGUAUGGUUGGCCAACUGUGAAGAAACAUGAGGUAUGGCUUGAUCAAUACUAUCAGCUCAUAUAGGUCAACCUUCGACAGAAGCAAACUUUCUGAACAUUCUAUUGGAAUUCAGUGGUCAGUGAUGUAAUUGAAAGCUGAGGAAUAUGAUUUGUUCUUGUCUCGGCAUUAAAAUUUCAUUUGUUGAUAACCUUCACAAGUUAUCAACAAUAGGGGUUGAUUCAUGAUUAAGAUAUUGUUGCUAAACCGUUUCUUACCAGUAUUGGUCUGUUGUAACUAUGAGUAAGCACAGCUGAUGCCGGCAAAUAUUAAGCACAGCUGAUGCCGGCAAAUAUUAAGCACAGAUGAUGCUGGGAAAUAUUUAUGCUCUGUGCAGUCACAAUUCACAAUCGA